AUGACAAUGGAAAUCGUCCCAAGAACUAUCAACAAAUCAAAAGUGGGCAAAACUGUAAGUACGAAUCCUAUCCUCACGGUCUAUUUAUUUCUUCACCCUUCGGGAAGGGAAUCCAGUUCUCACCUCGCACCAACAAAGUCGGUAUCGUCAUCGAAUGGAGAAGAAAUUAUGGAACAGAAUGCAGCUGUAUGCCCGGAACCACGGAAUACGAGAUGA